AUGGGCGACUAUACCUCUGAUCCAAUCCUGUCGGAUGCGGACCCAAACCUCGAUAACUUCAAGAACACGCUCGCACACAAUACUGUGAACGAUGUUCUCGUCGCCGCCGACGGUGAAGUCCAGCGCUACGUACGAUCGUAUAUUGUGAUGCCUUCGAUGGUCUACGGCGCCCUCAAGGGACCGCUCGUUGACGCUGGAAUCGCUCAUGCAUACAAUAUAACGAUUCCCACGAUGAUCAAGCUGUGCCUACAACGCGGGCAAGUAGCAAUGGUCGGCAAGGGCCUGAACAGAUGGCCCGUAAAACACAUCGACGAUACGGCCGACUUCUACAAGCUGAUCCUGCAGCAUGCUCUUGCGGAUGAUGCGCCUCAUGGCGCACAAGGAACCUACGUUACGGAGAACGGCGAGGUUACACUGGCGGUUGGGGCAAAGUGGUAUAUGAAAGCCCUCCAUGCGCAUGGAAAGAGUGCCAAGGCGGAACCGGAAAGCUUCACCACGGCUGAGAUCGAGAAGAACCCAUUUCUUUCCUACAUGGGCACGGAUGAUCGUAUCAGAGGGGAUCGCGCACGCCAGAUAGGCUGGUACCCAGCGCACGGAGUCGAGGACUUCUUCGAAUGCGUACAACAGGAAGUUGAGGACAUUCUCGCCGUAAGGGAGUGA